CAGAAGGAGGAGGGAGACCUGUAUGGUAGCUAGGGUGAUGUGAAAAGAAUCAUGGCAGCUUCCUUGGUUAGGUGGCUAAGGGGACUCUACGUUUUCUUUUUGACAUGUCUGCUAUCUGUCUCUGCUUUCUUAAAUUUAGAGGAAUUAAACGAGAUGAAAUAUGGCAUUCAGAUUCUGCCCGAUCCCGUCAUCAUGGGCCAGGUUAAGACAGAUGAAGUAAUGCUCGUAUCCAGCAAGUACAAGCAACUGUAUGAGUGUCGUCUCCCAGUCCAGGCUGUGAGGUUUCAUCAAGACCCUGCCUCAGAGCCUGACAACCAAGGCUACUCUGGGCUGUCCAUCCCAGACCUCCUUAAACCAAUGCACAGUGCUCCCUGUUUAGUGAAGACAAAGGACUGGUGGACAUAUGAGUUCUGCCUUGGGCAGCACAUAAGGCAGUACCAUCUUGAGGACACAGAGAUCAGAGGAGAUGUUCUGUUCCUAGGCUACUAUGAGUCAGAGUUUGACUGGAACAAUGAAACUGCCAAGGCCUCUAAGCAACACAGGCUGAAACGCUACCACAGUCAGAGCUAUGUCAAUGGCUCCAAGUGUGACUUGAAUGGCAGCCACAGGGAGACUGAAGUCAGGUUUGUGUGUGAGGAAGGCUCUGGAGACUACAUCUCACGGGUGGAUGAGCCUCAAUCCUGCCGUUACGUACUAACAAUCCACACCAGUCGUACCUGCCUGCACCCCUACCUGCGCCCACCCUCCACAGCCAAGCCUCAGGGCAUUGUGUGCCAGCCAGCCCUAAGUGCCCAGCAGUACAUGGACUAUGUCAGGGCCCAAGUCUCUGAUACAAAGAGGAAAGUGGAGCAAAUCUCUGAAGAGCUAAAGAGUCUAGAUGAGAUGUUGGCUGGCAGUGACAGGACAGAUGGCACUGCGGAGGAGACUACUGGCAAGGAGUCGACCAUGCCCACAGCUGACAUCCUGGAGUCAGACACAAAAGGCACAGACACUGUAAACUCUGAUGCUGCACCUGAAGAGCCAGAGGACUCUGAUUUUUGGGAGGGUGUGGCCAAGCCACGGGGUGCCAAGGCAACUAACACCCAAAAGCCUGCUGAGGAUUCUGAGAAUAGGGGCCUGGUUGACAAUGAAGUCAUAGAUGAAGGUUUUGUUGAUGAAAAAUUCAACUUUAAAAUCAUCACUGACCCAGCAGACCUAAUGAAGUUUGUCCAGCAUCUCAAAGAGAGCAACCGAAAGAAAGCACAAAAUCAAGCCAAAACAGCAGAGUCACAUAGGAUGACUGAGGAGAAAGAGAGGCAGGGUGAGGAGGAGGAGGAUGGCCAUCUUCUACAAGAGUUUGAUGAGGAGAUUGCUGACCUUUCAAUGCCCACAGCUAAAAUUGAAGAGAUCAAGGAGGAAAUGCAAAAGCAGUUUGACAACAUCAUAGAUGAGGCUCAGCAAGAGCUAGAGACUGAGGGACUUAAAGGGGAGUUUGACCGAACACAGGCCACUCAGACGCUGGAGACUACCCUUGACAAGCUGCUGGACCGGUUGGAGGACAAAGAGAGUCUAGAAACUGAGUCCCAGACCGAGGGGGGCCAGAGAGCCAACGACCCAGCUAGGGGCAGCCCCAGCCUGGCCCCACACCAGCCAGAGCAAGCAGCUGACGACCAUGUUAAGAUCAAAAUAACUAAGUAUAAGACGGGCAGCAGCCCUGAUGGGGAGGUCAGAGUGCAGGAGAUGGGAGAAGGAGACCCCCAGUGGCAGCACAUAAAGGACGUGGUUAAAGAGCAGCUAGAGAAAGCAGGACUGAAGGCCGAAGGUAAAAUUGAGGUAAAGAUCUUAACACGAAAGAAUGCAGAAGAGACUGGGGAACAGUGGUUGACCGAAGAAGAUACAAAGUCCUUCAGGGAGCUACUUAUCAAUUUACUGACAGGAGGCACAGAAGAGGUUUACAAGGAGCAAAAGAGGCAGCAGGAGCUAGAGAACAACUACCGCUUUGUGUGGGGAGAGUCACAGGAGGACUCCCAGUCUACAACCACUUCCGACUCGGAGGAUCUUGACCUUUGAGCUCUUGAUGCCCUUAUCAGUUGCCGUGGAAACCCAACACCAUGGAGGCUGCUGGGAUGUUAUAGUUUUUUUUCCCUUCCAAGCUGAACACACUGUUAAGCAAUGACCAGCUUCACCAGUUACUCGGUGACCACAAAUACACCUGCUUCCUCAUUAAAACUGUGUUCUGUCUUGUUCAGGCAUCAAUUGUACCUUGCACAAUGACAUCCAAAUGUCUCAGCUAAGGUAGAGUUAGUCACAUCAUCAUGUUGGCAAAAAGUUCCUUAUAUUCAUGGUUUAUACAAUCAAUUUAUUUGAGAUAGGGUGGAUAGCAUUUUGGACUGGACACUAUACAACAGUAUAUCACAGUACACCUGUGAAAAGACUGAAUCUUACCACCAUUACACAGAAAGUUAACAGCACCUUGUGUUGCUGUUAAACGGCAGUUUCUCUCCUCUAAUAAGGAAAUUGCUUUGUUAAGGGGUGUCUUUAGGAAAGCCAUAUUUGCCAAUGGCUAAACAAACAUGAGUUUGUUAACACAAGGAGAGUUGUGUGCACAAUAACACCCCAUUCUUUAGGCUUUAGAAAGUAAGGUUGGUAUGUAAAUAAAUGAAUUGAGAAGAAUUGCAUGUGGUUUAAAGCUUAAACCACCAUUUUUAAUAAAAUCGUGAUUUUUGUAAAACUUACUUUCCUCAAAAUAAUUUGAUUAUUGUAAAUAUAUGUGACAAUGUGAAUUAUUAUGCAUUUUAUACUGUAGCACUUUAAAAGUUAAUGUCUCUGGUAAAUUCGAAUUUAUUCAUUAAAAAUGUGUUUGUCCUGAUCACA